UCCUCCCGACAGGUCUCUCCGGCAUCCUCCAUCCGCACGCCCGGCAACUGGGCCCGCACUCCUCAGGGCCUCCGGUCGGGAUCAGCUGCUGCGCUGGGCUGCUCUCACGUUCAGCUCAAGAUCGGGACACACGCCAUUUCGUCUGCCCGCGGUUUGUGCUGACGCUGACAGGCGCCUUCCAGUGAACGAGAGCUCCCGAAAAUCAUCACCGCAAUACAGCGCCGCGCGGCCCGUCUGCAGUAAGCGCAGCUCAAACGGAACGUUGUAGCACGUGAACGCGUCGCCCGUCGCAGAGACAGAAACCUGAUAGGCUGAACGUGCCUACGCCGUGGAGAAUAUGGGCCCGAAGCUUCGCUGCUGCCUCACGGUUCUGGCAGUGUGGGCGACGCUUCUGCUAUGUUUCUCGCUGUGGAUCCAGAUAUGCGAAGCCGACUCUUCAAUGUCGUCGGCGCACGAAAAACUUCGGACCGAGGACAGCAACGGCGCAGAGACGAUGCUGGCGGGAGGCCAUCCGCGUGCGGACGGCGGCAGCAACGAGACCGAGAUGGAUGAGGGCCGACGUCUGUGGAAGGACCAGGAGGGACGGCUCAAGGCGGGCAUCGAGUCUAUCUUCAAGAUGAUAUUUCCCAGGCUGGUGCGACUGGGAUCGGAGGCCGAGAUAUCGACAGAGUGCCAAGCGGCAUACUUCAAAAUGUUCCUCGCCAUUCGGCAGCUCAAGACGUGGGCUUUGCAGAUGGUGGACUCUUCUGGCAAGAUCCCGAACGGCGUGAUGUCCGGCACGGCGGCCUCUUUCGGACACUUCGACCAGUGCCUGGGAAUCACCGUGGACGGGGGCGCCUUCCGCGGGAAGUUCUGCAACCUCGAGCUCUGGCUCAGGGACUUGCCCAGGCCGAGUGCCACCGCCUCUGACAUAAUCGAGGACAGCGAGUCGGCGUUGACCUUCUUCUACGACAAUGGCUACUGGCUCCAGCUGUUCCCCGCAAGGUUGGGCGUCUGCAUACCAUCCACAUGCAGCGGCGAGGACCUCCAAAAGAUGGCCGCCAAAGCUUCGCAGGAACUCCAGAUAACGGCAAAGGUGACGUCGUGCCAAGUCUUGGAGCCAAUCAACUUUUCCCAGGAUCAGCUUGUGGUCCUUUGCAUCCUGGGCCUUCUCCUUAUUCUCGCCAUUGUCGGAACAGCACUCGACGUACUCUGCACACAAGACGUCAAGCAGACAGCAACGGCUCGCGACCGACUCGUGGAGGGUCUGGCGAGCUUCUCGCUGGUGCGCAACACGCGGUCGCUGUUCAGCCGUUCGGAGCACGUGUCCGGGCCGCUGGAGGCCCUCAAUGGCAUACGCGUCAUCUCCUGCUUCUGGAUCGUGCUGGGACACAUCUACUUUCUUACCGACCUUUCCACCUACAUCCGCUUCGCUUCCCUAACCAAGCUGCAACUUCUGUUCAAAGACUUCUUGUUCACGCUGGUCGAGAACUUCACGCUGCCUGUUGACACCUUCUUUUUCAUCACUGGCCUGCUCCUGUCAUACAACGAGAGGAAGAGGUCUCACCAAACGAAGAACAGCGCCGGUCUCUGCAACAUGAUCUCCAUGGUCUUCCACAGAUACUGGAGGAUGACGCCGGCAUUCGGACUUGCCACGGCGCUGUUCGUGCUCAUGCCGGCGUUUGGAAGUGGGCCCAUGUGGGGCGACGUGCUGGGCCUGGCCACUGAGAACUGCAGGCUCUAUUGGUGGACCAACAUGCUUUAUUUCAGCAACUAUCUGCCAUACAGCAAAAUGUGCAUGCUGCACUCGUGGUUCCUAUCGCUGAAUAUGCAAUACUUCGUCGUCGGUCUUCCCCUGGCUCUGGUGAUGUCCAGGAAACCGAAAGUGACACUGCUAGCUCUCAUGGCCCUAGUCAUAGCCAGUUGCCUGGUCACUGGUGCAGUUACCUACACGAACGAACUACCUCCUGCCAUGCUCAUGAUGACUGCGCGCUGGAGCAAGGCGAAGCAGCUACUGAACAUGGUGUACUACCAGCCCUUCACGCACUUCGGGCCAUUUGCACUUGGUCUUUGUUUCGGCUACGUUCUGCCGACGGUCGAAGUGCCUCGUUUCGGAAAGGUAACCUUGGCCGCUGGCUGGCUGAUGGCGAUCGUGCUGUGCGGCUCUGCCGUGUUCGUUGCAUACCCGUUCCGGCGGGGAGACACGGCCUUCCAUCCCCUGUUGUCGGCGGUGUACGCGGGCUGCCACCGGACCCUCUGGACCGUAGGCGUUGCCUGGGUGACGCUGCUCUGCGCUACACGGCAAGCAGGUCUGGUGGGUGAAAUGCUGUCGUCUUCUGUCAUGACACCUCUGAGCCGGCUCAGCUACCUGGUGUUUCUGCUGCAUCCGGUGCCCAUCUACGUACACGUGGCCUCCGUGCGCGAGUCCUUUCAGCUGGACCACUACUACAUGUGCACCCUGUACUUUGGCAUCUUGGUGACAUCCAUCCUAAUGGCGUACGUGGCUUACCUGACGGUUGAGGCCCCCUUCGCUGCUCUAGAGCGACUUAUGCGGUCGCCUCCGAAGACGGCCUCUGGCCGCGUGCAGACGCCGCUACCCACACUCAAUACGGAGUCGCCGCCGCAGCAGCAGCCGCAGCAGCAGCUACAACGCAAGGCGUCUGACGGUUGGAUGUCAGUGCCGCGAUGCGCUCCAGCCUCCACAUGUGCUGCACUGAACGGUGGAAACUCGACACUGGCACUGGCCAUUGCGAAGACACCCGAAUCGAGCCAUCUUUGAGGCUGUUGCUGUGAGGCCUUGCCCGAUGUGGAAGGAUGUUACAGCCUUCACGUGCAGGGCUGGUAUUUAGGAGGCUUGAUGAAACGUGAUGAUUUGAAGUUAUCGAGUGUUUUCUGAAUAGGAAAAAAGUUAAUGCAGUCAAAGUGAUCAGCUGGAAUCAUUCUAACACCUACCUCCCUUACAUGCCAUAUGGGUAGUUGUCACACAUCGUGGAACGCAAAGGUUAGCACUCUUGUCGAUGUUUAAAGAAGGGACUGACGGGAAUUAAGGCCAAAGAUAUUGGUCGGCAGGACACGCGGAGGUCAAGCGAGUGCCCCGGAGUAUUUUACCGUUAUCUCAUGAUUCUGCGUGCAGUUUCUUUUUGUUUUUCUUUUUUUUUUUGUAGCGAAGCUCUGCCCCUCUCUGGUUCCGCCAGUGACGCCUGGGUUCUUGUGGAAAAGUCACUGAAAAUAUCGGGUGAAAGAGUUGGUAUAAGUGAACGGCGUAGUCCAAAAAACGUAACUUACAAGUACAAGUAAGCAUUCAAUCCAGAAACUCCACCAUUUUGUGCAAAGUAAUACAACCAGAUUAAAGAAGUAUCAGUGGUAUUGAACGCGCGUUAAACUCUUGAUCAUCUGUAGAAGGACAUUACGAAAGUAUCAUUGUCCAGAGGCUUUGGUGUUUUAUUGGCAAUGAAACAAUUUUCGGUGCCAAGCGGUGGACACGUAGUUUGCGGUGGCAUCUGUUAAGCCUGCCGUGGCAAGCCGUCUUUCAGGUUGUCUCAGUGACAUGAAGAUUCCUUCGUAUGGUCAUGAAAUCGUCUUUAACACGAACAUCGCAUUACAAAACAUAACGUCUCUCAAAAAGAUUUGUUUCCACCAGACCAAUCACAUAUGGCGAGUAAGGGGGACGGUGGGACGCGGAACUCGUUGUAAGUGUACUUCAAAUGUAUAGGAAGACGUCGUAAAGCUAGUUAGCCGCCGCAAAAUUGCCAGAAAAAGAAUUUGCGGGAUUUACAAUAAAAUCGCAUGUCGAACAUCGUUCCUCAAUACUAACGUAACUGAAACUAAGAUGGCAGUACCUUGCUUCUGGAGCAGAUACAUUAACGGCAUCAUUUUCAGCGUUUGCGGGCGCUAAUCAAACAAUGUGCGCGUGGGUUAUCACGUUGACACCAUAGCUGUGGGGAGGCGAUCAUCACCAGAGCACCGACGCCGCGUUUUGUUUGCAGCAAAAAGCUCGAUAGUGUGAUUCAGAUGACAGCCGCUUCACCUGGGGGUGAUGCUUGGGGUUACACAGUCAGUCUUAGAGGUCAGUUUGCUCUAAAAGUGUACCUCGAAUGCAUACUUGCAUGGCGUUGUCGUUGAGCUAAGCAAAAAAUUUUGUUAUGGGCUUGAACGACAAAAACAUCAAGGGUUCUUCUUCUUAUUGUGUGUGACUGCCAGACCGCUUUGUCAAAUAAAUAAAAAAUAAGGGUUUCGUCUCCGGGAUGAACUGGCGGAGAGAAGCAAGUUAAUAGUUGAUAUCAUGUGCUGUAAUUCUUCCGCAUUCAACGGUUAACAGUCUGAAUUUGUUUUUAGUGUCCAACAUGCGGCUGAAAACUUUGCCUGCACUCACUUGAGAGAAACUGUUCGACGAAAUAUAAACUACAGCCUUUAUAUGUGUUAUCGAAGGAAGACAGAAAACAAAACAAUAGUACCUAUAAAAGCGAAAAUGGGCAGAACUUGCCGCCCUCGCAUUUACUGCCGGGUUCAGCCCGCUGUCAUAGGCUGAACAUUCGCACGCGGCUGUACAAGGUAUUGCAUAGUACAACUUCGAGUGUGUCAAGCCAAUGUUUUCAAGCAACAUUUUAACAGAGAGUAUUUACCGUUCAUGGCUGUACCAUAUACCCCUCUCUGUUUUGUUGGUAUUGUUCUUGUUUACUGUAUUUUGCUUGUUUUUAAGAAAAAGAAAAGUUCUGGAAUCAACAGGGUAUGUGCUUCAUAGGACGGUUCUGGCCGAACUUUUCGUGUGCCCUAUUGUAUGAUACGUAUAUUGCAUCACAUCGUUUCUUGCAUUAUCAAUGAAAAAAAAGAAAGAAAAUAAAGUGUACAUAAU